AUGCCGUUUGCCUUGCCUGCAGUGGUGAAAUGUAGAGGGGCUAUAGAUGCUUUGAGAAUCCUUCAAGAGGGUAAAGAGGAGAUCGACAUUGUUUUAAGCGAGCUACACAUGUCUCGCGUCAAUGGAUUCAAGCUUCUCGAUCAAAUCAUUGGACUUCAAAUUGACCUGCCUGUUGUGAUGAUGUCGAGUGACGAGAGAGUAGAUGCAAUAAAGAAGAUAGUGAUCCAGGGGGCAUGUGGCUACUUACUAAAGCCGGUGAGGAGGGAAGAAAUCAAGCUCUUAUGGCAGCAUGUUGUUCGUCACAAACAGGGGAAUUUGGGGAAGGGCACAAGGCCGCCGCAGGCGGCGGAGUUUUGGGAUUCCGGUGAGAUGCCGCGGCAACAGAAAAGUGUAGAAAACUGUGGAAGCUCAAACAAUAAUAGGGAUGAAGAUACUAAUGCUACUGCUACUACGGUCAAGGUUAAGAAACCGCGAUUGGUGUGGACACCACAGCUUCACCAGCAAUUUGUGGCUGUUGUCAACCAAAUUGGUCUUAGAAAUGCUGUUCCAAAGAAAAUAUUGGAUUUGAUGAACGUUCCCCAUCUAACCAGAGAAAAUGUUGCCAGUCAUCUCCAGAAAUAUCGGCUUCAUCUACAAAGAAAUGGGGAUCAGAAUUCAUACAAGAGGUUGAGCAUUCAUCACCUCCAUUAUGAAGACAUGGUGUUGAACAAGAACAAUGCACAACAAGCAGUGAUGCCAGCGGUGUUCGACCAUCCUGACGGCCGUGACUAUAACUAUGUUAAUGUUUACAACUAUGGCGGCCUAGGCCGAGGAGUAGGAGGGAGUACAACUCCUAUGGACGCAAUCAACUACUUUUCGACUUUUUCGCCCCAUCAACCCCAAUCCACCGGGUAUACAUACAAUAAUAAUAAUCCCAACCAGUUGGGAAACACUUCCUCCGCUUCCAGCAAGCGCCAACAAGAUCAGACUCAGUACAAUGGCGAAGGAGAUUUUGGAGUCUCUUUGUACGAUUUUUCUGGCACGGAUAGUAAUUACACAUAA